UCUGCCUGGGUUUCCUUUAUGAUCCCGGGAUCUCCCACUUCCCUCACCAGACAUCAGCCCUCCACGCAGGCGAACACAACCCCUCUCUGCCCCUCUCUCUCCCUGCAGCUGCAACCCAUCCGGAGACCGCGGCGAGACCACAACAAACACCCGGACCUGAGACGCUGGUGGCCCCUUAUCCACACCGAGUAACACCCACAAAAGGAUCCCGGCAGGAGCAACGCACCAACCGCUGCAGAUUGCACCCGCAAAAAAAAAAAAAAAACGGAACUACGGCUUUAUUGCGCAUUUAAAGCCACUUUUAUCUACUUUUUUUUCUCUCCAAAUCAACGCUGGUGAUCCUCCGUCGUGCCACCAUGUCCGAGGUGCUGCCAUACAACGAGGGGAAAAUGAGCGGCUACGGGGCGGACAGCGAGGUCAGCCAGAUGUCCUUUAGUUGCGGACUGCAGGACUCGAGCGCCUUUUACGCUGCGUCGCAGGCGAAAAGACCCCCAAAGCUGGGACAGAUCGGCCGAGCCAAGCGAGUGGUCAUCGAGGACGACCGGAUAGACGAGGUCCUGAAGGGGAUGACAGACAAGUCUUCACCCGGCGUUUAAACGUGACCCGACGCCUUGCGGACUUUUUUUCAUUUUGAUGACCGAAUUUGAAGCACUUGAAGCGGCUGUGCAUGUUCGAGGACUGCGGGAGAAAAGCGACGGCACGAAGCGAAGCUGGGGUGACUGACGAAAAGGCAAAAUGGGGGAGGGGGGUGAAGGGGGGGGGGGGGGGGGGGGGGGGGGGGGGGGGGGGGGGGAAUGGAGAAGGCUAAAGGAAGGGAAAUGUGGAAGAAAGUGAUAAAGAAAGAAAGAAGUGGAGAGCUCUGGAAAAGACCAAGACUUAUCAUGGGAUUGCUGGCAAUUCUCCAAAACGAAUCCCGAUUUUCCUGUUGAGAUGGCGGACUCCGAGUCUCAACCUGUGCUUUAAUGAUGGAUGAACUUGUCAUUACUUCAUCUCUUCUUCCUUCCCAACCGCGCUGUAAGCAACACAAUACUGCAAGUGGAGGCGGAUGCUAAAAAUCCCAGCCCUAUUUCAAUGAAUUGUACAGUACAGUAGGUAGGCUAUACCCUCCCUUACCCUCCCCCCAACCCCCUCCCCCCUUUCCUUUAGGCUUGGCUUUGUUGAUCCAGCAAGCGACGGUGCAUUCAAGGGAGCUGUCCUUUCAGCACUGGUCCAAUGCAUUCCUGUUGCUGCUAACCCAACCAUUGAGUCUGCUAUAGAAGAGACCCAUUGUAUGUAAAAAACAUAUAUAUCCGAGGAUGGUGCAAUGUUAAUAUGUUCUGUAGUAGAAGCCCUGUUUGUUUUUGGCCCUUAAAGAGCAUUAGGGUGCAGAUUAAAGCUGAACCACAGGCAACAUUCUUCUUCUUCUUCUUCUUCUUCUUCUUCUUGCGUCACCCAUCGGUGGUGAAAGGUGCAGCUUAGCACCUUCUUGUAGCUGCUUUACACCUGCACAUGUCUCCCCCCCCUCCCUCCCCCCCUCACUAUUUCUUCUAUUUCUAUUUUUUUUUUGCAUUUUCAAAUGCUCAGAUAUCUACAGAGGCCAGCAAAGUUGUGGAGAUUGCAGUAACUGUUGAAAAUAAUCGUCAUGAAAUUGAUUGAAAAAAAUGACAUUUCCAUUAUUCGGUUGUUUCAAUUUUGCAGAUUAUUCGUUGUUUCGUCCUCCACGUGUUUUUUCUCCACCUCUUUGCAUGAACUUUCACUCCGGUGCCAACGCGGGUGCCACUUCUCUUACCUUGGCACGCUUCUUUUUAACAAAAGAAAGUCAUAUUUGUAUUUUUAUAUCUAAAUCUUUGUUAUUUAAAUGAUAUGCUAAGUCUAUCGUCUUACAAUUCAUCAACAAAAAUACUUCUACUUCAGAGAGGAUAUACAGAAUGAGACGAGGCUUCGUGGAGGAAGCUGUGUAAGAUUUCGGUGGACUGGUUUCAUUCUAUAUCAGCGGUCGGGCGUUUUUUAAAGACUAACUGAAUGUGUCUGGGGUUUUUUGCACACAUCAAUGUUAAACUAUUAUUAAGAAAUCGUAUACUGUGACUUGAGCUUCGUUGAUGAAUUUGUUAGAAAAUCGCAGUUUUAGAGUAUAUUGCACUGUUUACGAGUAUCCUCAAAUAACACGCUGUUAUUUGACCGAUUUUGGACAUUACAGUUUUUUUUCAAUUUUUUUUUUCAUUUUGUUUAUUUUGUACCAUUACUUUAUAGAAACUGGAUAUGGUUUGUUGUGCAUGAAACCUUAAUAUUUUCAACAAUGAAACAUCAUUUUACGAAGCAAAAAAAGCAGCAAAAAUGUCAUGACAUUCUAAGAAUGAGUCAUUGUAUAUUAUGAUGCCAUUUUCACUGUAUUUGGUGAAUUAAUAAAUGGUAAAAGGACA